AGCCCAAUGGAGUCUUUUGAAGAACCUAGUCAGGUUAACAGGGCUAACUUAUUACAAGUCCCCACUGUAAAUGAUUUCGCUUCAGAGGAUGAAGACAUUAAAACUGACAUUGAACUUCGUUACUCUCCACGACCCCGAAGGCGGAAUUCUGCAUCUUCAGAGGAAGAGGAGGCAUAUACUCCCACCAACAUCUCAAGAAAAGUUUCAUUUGCUGAUGCAUUUGGGUUUGAUCUUGUGUCUGUUAAAGAGUUCAAUAUCUGGGAAUUUCCAAAUACGGGACAAGACAAUGAUAUAGAAGAUGGAGUUUUUCCUCAGGAUGAAUAUUUUUUCUCUCAGCUGUUUACAUUACCUCCUUCUCAAGAAGAACUUCUGCAAAAAGUACGAGAGCAAAAAGUAAUGUUGGAGUCAAUUCUGCUCCUGCCUGGGAUUACGUGUAUGAAUGGCAUUAUACGAGUCCUCAAUAUAUCCUUUGAAAAACAGGUGUAUGUUCGAACGACACUGAAUAACUGGCUCAGUUAUUAUGAUAUCCUCGCAGAGUUCAUGCCUAAUUCUUGUGGUAAUGAAACCGAUCAGUUCUGCUUUAAGAUUUCUUUGGUGCCUCCUUACCAGAAAGAUGGAGUUAAGGUGGAGUUCUGUAUACGGUACGAGACUUCAGUUGGUACCUUUUGGGCAAACAAUGAUGACAAAAAUUACACGCUGAUUUGUCACAAGAAAGAAACUGCAUCCAAGGUGGAUAAUAAACCCCAGAAAGAGGUUACAGAUAGGUGUCUUAAAGGCUGCUUAAAGACAACACAAAACAGAAAGGAAGAAAUAUUGGCAACGUCUGAUGAUGACACAUGGAAUAACUCAAAGACUUCAGACACAAACAUCCCAGAGAUUGUUUAUUCGCAAGCAGAAGACAAGGGCACCGAACAAGCUAAUGAAAAUAUAAAAGAGAAAAAUGCAGAAUACAAGCAGGAUGAUCACAAAGAUGAUGAAAAAGAAUUAGAGUUGCUGUUAAAUCAGCACUUCACAGAAGCUAGAGGUACCUCUUCCAGAGAUGAAAGGAAUUUAUACACUACAGAACCAGUUAAUUUUCCAAGUGAAGCUGAAAGAUUGGUGAAAAAGCUAACCUGUAUAGAAAGAAGCAGUGACUUGCACCCUGUGUCUAUCAGUUCGUCAUCUGAAAACACUUUACGAGUGAUAGGAGGAGAAUUAAAAGAUGAAUUUAAGUAUUCUGUAACAGAUUAUAUUAGUCAGCUACCAGGGAAGGAAGUCACUGCUAGCUCAGUAAAUGGUGGUGAGCGGUCUUUGGAACAUACCAGUGAGAGCCUUUUAUCCACAAAAGAUUUUCCUGUGACAAAGCAGAACGAGGCUAUUGGUAUUACGGCCACUGUCUCAAGCCGACAAGGAAAGAGCCACACAGAUAUUUCAAAAGGUGAAAUAGAUAGUGCCUUGGGAAGUAAGACGAUGGAGAGGGUAUUCAUCAGUGAGGAUGCUUCUGCUAUCUCAAAAGGGGCUUGUGAAAUGAGACCAGAAACCAUUUCUCCGGAGCAUGAUGAAUCCAUGCAAUUAAACACAUGCAUAGCAAGGACGCUGGAUGGCAAUGCUAAUCCAGCUCCAGAGCACCAGGCACCACAAAUGUCUCACCACACUCCGGAUUUGUUGUUAUCAGAUGCUGAUAAAUAUGAAGGAAAAAUCAAGAUGAUUGAAAGCAAAAUUCAGGUACAUUUAAGAGAAGAUUUAUAUGCUGGCACUUUUGCAUAUGCUGAUGUCUCAAUAGAUUCCACACAAAGACGAUACACGCAAGAAAAAGGAAUUGGUGAAAUGUCAGGAAAAAACUCUAACACUGAUGCAGGGAAGGAGAAGAAAGUCAUUGAAAUAGCAGACUUGGCAUUAAUCGGUGAGGAGGAAACUUCCAAGCCUUUCAAGUCACAUAGGAAACACAACGCCAAAGCCCUGAACAUAACACCUCUGCCAGCCGAGAACAACAAGCAGACACCCAGGGCCACAUGGGGGGAUGAAAGGCAAGUUGAGGACACUCAGGAAAACAGAGGAUUCAUGAGGUUAAAAGACAGAGAUAAGCCAGACAAUACAAAUAAAUGGAGACUGAUUGGAAGGGAAAGUGAAGCAAACUCUGCCAAGCAGAGGUUGCAAGAAAUGGGGAGCAAGGUUCAGUGGGGAGCAAGGGGGAGCACGGAACCUCAGAGCACAGCUUCCAAAAAGGAGUUGUUCAUCUACCAGGAGGCAGAGAGUUGUGAAAAGUCUUCUGUCUCUGAGCAGGAUAUUACAGAGGAAGCAGAGGCAGGUACAGCUUAUAUAAUUAAAACAACAUCAGAAAGUGCUCCAGAAAAAAUGUCUGCCAGCGAAAAAGCAGUAAUUGCUAAGCUACCUCAAGAGACUGCACUAAGUGACAGGCCCACAGAGGAAAAGGAAACAGCGUUUGAUACACAUGAAGGGAGAAAUGAUGGUUCACAUUAUGCUCUUUGUCAACUCAACACAGUGGGUGUAUUAUAUGACACUGAAUUUGAAAAGGAAUCAGUUUUAGGUAUUUAUAAUGCAUGCGUUCGUGAAACACUGCAAGGAGAAAUGAAGUCUAUACGCAAUAGCAGGGAAAAAUGUGCCAAAGUACAACCAGACAUAGGCAAUAUUCUACCUGUAGGAGAAGCAGUAAAAGUUUCUGAUACAGGAAAAAAAGAAGAUUUUCAGCAGGCAUUAUAUUCAGAAGUAUCUAAAUGUCCCCUGAGCACCCAGAAGCAUCUAUACAGUGAGGAAGCAGAAGAGCUCUACAGGGAAGAAAGCCAUGUUGGUAUGCUUUCCCAUUUAUGUGCUAAAGCUGAAACAAAAAUGCCACCUUCUGGUACAAACACCAUUCCUGGUCACCAUUUUAAAAGCUCUUCAGUAGCAUAUUCUGAAGGGUCCACUGCAGCAGGAGGUAUGGAGCACCUGUAUAAACACUUUGAAUUCAAAGUCUUAGACAAGGUUGCUGCUGAGUCAGGGUACAAUUUAAAUCUACCAAAUGAAAUUACAUGUAUUAAUAAAAACUUCCCUCCCAAAGUUGAAAAAGGAGAAGUACCUUCCACUUCAGACACAGUAAUUUCUAGAGAAGGAGGAGGAAGAAAUAUAGGUCAAUGUUUCCAUCAAGCAGAGCUCCAACAAGAGAAGUUCUGGAGUCCAGAAAUUUUAAUUAGUAAGUCUACCCAAGAAGGUGAAGGAAGAGACUCUCAAUCUGACCAUUUAUUAACUGACAGGAAAAUGCUAAACAGUCUUGAUGACUCACAGAAAGAAAGCCAGCACAUUUCUGAUUCUGCAGAUAUUUCUAACCAGAAGAGUGAAGCACUUAAGUUGCCUCAUGAGUCUCCGGGUUUAAAACACGUUGCCUUCAAAAUAUUCUGUUUCUUCUUCUUUCUUCUGUUUUCUGCAACACUCUACCACUAUGAUUUGAUGGUCUGCCUUGCACUCUACCUGUUCUCCUUGUUUUGGCUUUACCAUGAAGGAGGAAGAAACAAGGAGUCUAUCAAGAAGAAAUAACACUUACUGUCAACUGUGCUCAGGAUCCAUGGUCAAUAAUCUCCAAUUCCAUCAAAGCAUUUUCACUGUUAAAGAGUUUAUUCAUUGUUAGAACCAAAGCAACAGAUUUUUAACAGAUUACAUAUGAACUUGAGCCUUCAUAUAAGUAAUUAAACUAUACAGGACCAUUAUGUUUGGAUCAUUAAAUACCUAUAUGAGUAUGAGUUCUGAAGCAUGUCAAGUUAAAAUGAAGUACAACUGUUGCUUCUUAGCAGGAUUUGAAGAAACAAUACUUCAUAUCUCUGUAGUACUUAAACCCACCAUUUACUUGCUUUAAUUUCUUUUGUAGUAAAGCUUCAUAUUUUUCCGGGAAUUUUUUUCUAAGAUUCUGUGUAAUAGGUAACAACACAAGGAACAAUAUAAAACCUAAAUCAGUAUUUUGGUACUGACAUUGCAAUUGAUAAUCUGCUAGUGUAAUUCUCAAUGCUCUGAGCAAUGCAUCUCUUGAUAAGUUAAUACAUUUUUCCAAAUUCAUAUUUCAUUAUUUUGACUUAGAGCUCCAGUGGUACCCCUGUUUGAAAAAUGUAAGGCUUUGACUUAGUAACAUCAUGAAACUUUCAGGAUGUAAUGUGUAGCAGAAUAGAUGUUCUGUUUCCACCCUGUAAAAAUUGAAGACCACAACUGCAGGCCUGGUACAAUUCACUCAGGUGCAUGAAAGCUUUUGGUGUUUGUAAAUGAGGACUAUGUAACAGAAUCUCACUGAACUGUUAUUUUAGGCAAAGCCUUUGAAUGACAUUUUUUCAUCAGUGUUGUUGAGCGUAUCUAUAAAGCAUUAAAUAAAUUUUACAAAGGAACGCUAUGAUUGUGUGAAGCAUGUCUGAAUUAGGUUUACUGCUUUUUUCCUAUGGCUUGCUACAUAAAGCUAACCAAACACAAAGAGAAAACACAGGGCACAACACUGGUGUUCAGUGAGGCUUCCUUGUGUGAUUUUGGCGAAGCAGAAAAGGCAGUAUCUGCCCUAAGGAGAGUCCAAAUUGAUCCUGUGGAUCAGGAUUCCUGUGGGGUAGGCAUGCUGGUGACUUUGCUGCUCCAACAUUGCAGGUGUCCCACACAGGCUCAUGGUGAAAGUUUGUCCAGAAGGAAAAGGAAGGACAGGUUAUGAUGCUCUUCAGCCAUUUCCCAGAGGAUGGUCACAAAUGCCUUCACAGGUAGCAUGUUAAAAGAAGCACCAAGGCUGCAUAAUGUUACUGGAGCCCCAGAAUUUAAGAAGGGAAAAAAGUUGUUUUUAAGCUCUGUUUGUUUCACUUUCCUUACUGUCACUGUGAAAUACCACAACUGUGAAAGUCUUGAUUGCAACAUAUGGCUGAAGCUAUAUGAUAGAAAAAUUAUUUAGUCACUAACUUAGCUCUGAAAUAAACCUUUUAAAGUUCAUUUAAAACUUACUCAUAUGUUUCAGGAUGUUAGGACACUCUGCUAUAGCAGGCAUCUUAACAUUCCUGUUCUACAGGGGGUAAAACUUUGAAGCAUUGUGGGAGCAGUGCAUUCAGUGGGGUGAGCAGAUGUGUGCAUGGUCUAUUGCUAAUAUAUGUGCUGAUGGCUGGAUACCUUAACAACUUUUGAAAGCAAUCCAUGAAUGUGUUAUAGCAAUGGACUAGAGGCAUUAAGGAGAGACACUGAAGGUUGUGUCCAGAUGUUCAAAGAUAUAUACAAGCAAAAUAUUAAUUGAGAUAAAGAAAUUAAUCCAAUAGGCAUUAGGAGCUGGAUCCAAUAAAAAGCUUAGGUUUAGACUUAAAGCAGGAUUGAAGUUAAAUCAGUGUAAUCCAAAAUCAUGAUCGCAGACCCUUCUUUACCUGGAGACAACAAAUGCUGAAAGAAUCUAGGUUUUCAUGACAUUUAGAGUCACUUCUCCAAAAUGCAUGACAUUGCCUUACUUUUGGGAGUUCACUCCCUGCAGUGUGACAGGUCCCUGUCUAAGUCAUUCACAAUUUCAACCUCACUGGGAUAGAGACAUCAGGUAUUGCUUCACUUCCCAGUACAGUGGAAGCUCUCAAGCAGUGUCUAAUAUAUUCUGGAAGGAUCAAGGUCCUCAGUUAGAGGGAUAAAAAGGUGAAGAAACACCCUGCAUUUGUGUGAUGCACCCUGCUGAAAGUGUCACCAUGUAGUCAAGUACCAGACUCCUCAGCUGAGAGAGAUCAAGGGCAUAGGACAUAUUUUAGUCUGAUAGUUAAAACCACCAGGGCAGCAAUUAGACUUUUUAGUUUCAGUUGCAAGCUAAAAACCUUCUACAAUCUAAUUUGCCACAUAAUUCUUUAAAGCAAAAUUCAUAAAAUUCAGAGUAAGGAACAAAGUCCAGGUUCCUGGCCUGUUAGGUAAAAGUUCUACACAUGAAAUCACAGGAUUCAAACCCAUAUUUGAAUAUUUUCAGCUUUACCAAACCUUGGCCUGCCAUCCUACAGGAUGUAUGUUAACGAUUGGAGGAGGACUGUGAGGAGGACUGUGGCCACCUGGGUUUGGCUGUACCUCUGUGCAUAGUUGGGCUCCUACUUUCUCAACUGAGUUAUGCUGAAAGCGAUUCACUGCUCAAAAUAAUAGAUAUUUCACUUUCCAUUUGUGUGUAGACACUUUCAUUUGGAACUUGCAUCCCAGGGGAAUUUUCUUUUUCCAGAAGUUAUGAUGUCUAUUUUUUAGAGAAGUCUUAAUCUGGCAGUCUAAAUGCCUAAGGACCCAAGAUAACUAAAGAACUUUGAAUAUCUUGGAAACAGGCCUUAUUGUACACAGAGCUGAGCAGUUCAGCCACCAUGGAAGAAGUGGGAAAGCCUGGUUGUGUUUUUUAUUGCAUCUUGGGGCCUCCAAGGAGUGUGCAUUUUAAGGACUCUUGCUCUUUCACAUGGAAGCAUAGGCAUACUGGAGCCAUGGGAACCUUUGUGUGUUGGUUGGCUGUAUGUAAAGUGCAAGUUAAAAAGAGUUUUUCCGAUUUAUUUGAACCCAAAAUAUUUGGUUCAUUGACAAAGAUUCAGCUCAGCUGAUUGGACAGCAAGAAAGGGGGUCAGGGACAAUUGAUGGGCCCAGGACUAUGGGUGGAAGAAAGUCAUUGAAUUGAAUGAAUCUCUGGAGAACAGCAGAAAAAUGUUACAGAGAGCUCAGGAGAGUCAAUAUGACCUGCAAAAAGAAUGCCAGGGAUAAAUAGAGAGGAUCUAUUAAUACAGACAUUCAUUAAAAAUUAGUAGGCUUUUAGCGUGUGUCAUAAUCUAUUUAAACCAGUUCCUACAUAUCAGCUAACAUUUAGCUAAGUUAGUUCAAUCUCUGCUGAAAGCAUGCUUAGGCUGUACUCCUGUGUCCAACAGGUUAAACAUCUUGAUUUGCCGUUUUAAAACGUAUAGUCAUUCAGAGUUGGAAUUUAGGGCAAAUAUUUGAAUGUUAGAAUAAGCACCUUGCAUCUACGCACAAGUGGAAUACUGUUAGCAUUUCUCAGAUUUGGAUUGGGAUUUUAUUUUCUAUAUUUAAAAUAUUUAGUGGGCAUAAUCAGUUUAUGAUUGCAAAACAGGACUCUAGACUGAUCUGUGGGCACAGGUGCCUGAAAUUUAAAGUACAUAUGUACUUAAAACAACAAAGCAAGUAAUUUUAUCUUUUUUUAUUUAUCAUGUGAUAAGAUAUCUUUUUAAAAUCCUCUUACUUUUGUUUGUUGUAUAGAAGCAACACCUUUAUAAUGUUGGCAAAAUAUUGGAUUUCUACUUAUUUCAGGGAAUAAGUGCUGUGUUGUAUUUUUGCAAUGAUUCAUAUUUAGUUUGCAUACCAGGCCUUAGUAACGUAUUUCUAGUUAAUACUUUCAUUUCUAGUAGCUUCUAGUUAUUUUUUCAAGCUAUGCAACAGAAAGAAGGUAUGAUCCUAUGUGGCAGGCCUGUGGUCACAAAGGGCUCGACUCCAAUACAAUGCAAUAAUUAAAAAUAAUAUAACGGAAAAA